GCAGACGCGAGGGGCGCGGGUCGGGGGUCGUCGACGCCAUGAGCAGCGCUCCGCCGGGCCCCGCCGCGCCGCGGCUGUGCUGCAUGGAGAAGGGCCCGGACGGGUACGGCUUCCACCUGCACGGCGAGAAGGGCAAGCCGGGCCAGUACAUCCGGCUGGUGGAGGCGGGCUCGCCGGCCGAGCGCUCGGGGCUGCGUGCCGGAGACCGGCUGCUGGAGGUGGACGGAACGAACGUGGAACGGGAGAGCCACCAGCAGGUGGUGGAACGGAUCCGCGCCGCCGCCGGGGCUGUGCGGCUGCUCGUGGUGCAGCCCCAACCCGAGGAGCAGCCGCCCAAGACCCACAGUGACCCCGACGGCGAAGCGCAGCGGGAGCCCCCGGCGGCGGAAACCCCGGCGGCGGAGCGGAGCGGCCCCGAGGAGCGGGAGCUGCGUCCCCGGCUGUGCCGCAUCAAGAAGGGCCCCAACGGGUACGGCUUCAACCUGCACAGUGAGAAGAGCCGCCCGGGGCAGUACGUGCGUGCCGUGGACCCCGACUCACCAGCUGAGGCGGCAGGGCUGCGUGCCCAGGACCGCAUUGUCGAGGUGAAUGGGAUGUCCGUGGAGGGCAAACAGCACGCGGACGUGGUGGCGGCCAUCAAGGCGGGUGGCGAUGAGACCAAACUGCUGGUGGUGGGCGUGUUGGCCGAUGAGUUCUUCAAGAAGUGCAGGGUGGUGCCCUCAGAGGCACACCUGGCAGGUCCUUUGCCAGAACCCAUGGCCAAUGGUGAUGUAGAGAAGGAAAACGGUGGAGAGCCGCGGCUGAACUCUGUGUCAGAGAGACCCCCCAGCCCUGCGCUGGCCACGUCCCCCGAAGGCAGCGAGACCCACAGUGAGCCCGAUAUGCAGGAAGGGGACAAGCGCAGCUCUGCGCCCAGCUCCCUGCUGGACCUCGACAUCCCGCUGGCCGUGGCCAAGGAGCGGGCGCACCAGAAGCGCACCAGCAAACGGGCUCCGCAGAUGGACUGGAGCAAGAAAAACGAACUGUUCAGCAACCUGUGAAUCCGCCCCGGGGGGGACAUGGCUCCCCCCAUCCCCUUCGUCCCCACCACCGUGAUGGGGAGGACGGGGCUCGGGGUUGGUGAGCAUCCCUGCUGAGGAUGGUGAUGGUGCCCUGGGUGCUCCUCCGGCCCUGGCGUGAGGCUUUGUGCGCCCGGCUAUGUGCAGAGCUUUGGGGAGGUUUGGUGACUCGGAGUGGCCGGGUUUGAUGCCCAAUGCUUCUCAUCCCCUCUGCCAGCUCUCCUCCUCCCAUCCCAAAACCCACCUCUGUUUCAGCCCCCCCAGAUAACCUCCCUUUCUUGAGGCUCUUGGUGACUUUCACCAAGCCCUGUGCCACAGCAAUUCCUCCUGGGGUUGGCACUCUUGACCUUGCAGUGUCCGUCCACGAUGACGCCAUCCCUUCAUUCCUGUGCCCCCAGAGCUGCCCUCGGAGGCACUUGGGCAUCCCACAGCCCCCGCCCCAGGGUUGUUUUGGGAGAGGAGAGGUGUCUGGAGCCAGCACAGCAAGCAAUAAUCACCCCCUGUGCUGCUGCUUGCUCCCGGAGACAGAGCUGAUCAGGGUUUGCAUCCUACCCUGCUUAGUUUAAAGGGUCCCCAAUAGACUGUCUUCUUUCUCCAAAAUGAGAGGUUUUCCAAUCACUCGGUUUAUUUUUUUUUAAAUGUAUUUUGUGGAAAAUUCCUGUGGAUGUUUUGUUUCUGUGUUUUGCAAUCAGGUGUUGUAUUGUCAAGCUGAAGAGAAAUUCUGUUUACUGGAAUAAAUCUUCCUGACUUCA